AUGUACUUUGGCACAACAGACGUGGACGUGGAGGUGGACGUGGACGUGGACGUGGACGUGGACGUGGACAUGGUCGUGGACGUGGACGUGGACGUGGACGUGGACGUGGACGUGGACGUGGACGUGGACAUGGACGUGGACAUGGACGUGGACGUGGACGUGGACGUGGACGUGGACAUGGACGUGGACGUGGACGUGGACGUGGACAUGGACGUGGACAUGGACAUGGACGUGGACAUGGACGUGGACGUGGACGUGGACGUGGACGUGGACGUGGACGUAGACGUGGACGUGGACAUGGACGUGGACGUGGACGUGAACGUGGACGUGGACGUGGACGUGGACGUGGAGGACUUGGACGUGGACAUGGACGUGGACGUCGACGUGGACAUGGACGUGGACAUGGACGUGGACGUGGACGUGGACGUGGACGUGGUCGUGGACGUGGACAUGGACGUGGACGUGGACGUGGACGUGGUCGUGGACGUGGACGUGGACGUGGACAUGGACGUGGACGUGGACGUGGACGUGGACGUGGACGUGGACGUGGACGUGGACGUGGACGUGGAGGACUUGGACGUGGACAUGGACGUGGACGUGGACAUGGACGUGGACGUGGACGUGGACAUGGACGUGGACGUGGACGUGGACGUGGACGUGGACGUGGACGUGGACAUGGACGUGGACAUGGACGUGGACGUGGACAUGGACGUGGACGUGGACGUGGACGUGGACGUGGACGUGGACGUGGACGUGGACAUGGACGUGGACGUGGACGUGGACGUGGACGUGGACGUGGACAUGGACGUGGACAUGGACGUGGACGUGGACGUGGACAUGGACAUGGACGUGGACGUGGACGUGGACGUGGACGUGGACAUGGACGUGGACGUGGACGUGGACGUGGACGUGGACAUGGACGUGGACAUGGACGUGGACGUGGACGUGGACGUGGACAUGGACGUGGACAUGGACGUGGACGUGGACAUGGACGUGGACGUGGACAUGGACGUGGACGUGGACGUGGACGUGGACCUGGACGUGGACGUGGACAUGGACGUGGACGUGGACGUGGAGGACUGGACGUGGACAUGGACGUGGACGUGGACGUGGACGUGGACGUGGACGUGGACAUGA